UCAGAAAUUCUUCAGAGGUAGCGAAGUGAUUUUGUAACAUUACCUUAAACAAACUCAACCUUUUAACCGAAUCAGUUCUGUGUGUGUGAGCAUGGUUCAGUGUACGUCUGCAAGGUUUCUUUCUCAUACACGAGCACAUAGCUAGCUAAGCUUUAGAGGAAGCCACUUUGCUAUUAGUUAGCUUGGCUUCAUGUUUUAACAGUAAUCGCUUGGAUAGUCAACUGUCUAACCAACUAGCAACUAUCCAAACAGUUCCAACCAAAGGUUUUGCUUGGUCCCGGUAGGCUGUGGAUGUGAAUGUCGACCAAAAUGUCAACAACCAUGUCACACGGAUUUAAAAGCAGCAAGCAGGACUUCACGUUCGGACCUUGGAAAGUCACUGCAGCCAGAACGCAUAUUAUGAAGUCAAAGGACAUAGAGCGCUUAGCUGAGGAGAUGCACAUGCCGUCCCUUCCUGAGAUGCUGUUUGGGGACAAUGUGCUUCGCAUUCUGCACUCAGACGGAUACGGCAUUGAGUUCAACGCCAUAGAUGCCCUCAAGCGUGUCAACAACAUGCAAGAUUCUGUUAAAGUGGCCUGUGCUCAAGAAUGGCAAGAGAGCAGGGCUGAUUCAGAACACUCUAAGGAAGUGGUGAAACGGUAUGACUGGACGUACACAACAGAUUACAGAGGGACGCUUUUGGGAGAGGACCUCAAGAUAAAGGUGACCCCCACCGCCGAGCGAAUUGACAUGGAGAAGCUAAAGGCGCGAGAACAAAUAAUGUUCUUUGAAGACGUGCUGCUUUUUGAGGAUGAGCUGCAUGAUCAUGGUGUUUCCAUGAUCAGUGUCAAAAUUAGAGUGAUGCCUACCAGUUUCUUUCUGUUGUUGCGGUUUUUCUUGCGUGUGGAUGGAGUGCUUAUCCGGAUAAAUGACACACGGCUGUAUCACGAGGCUGGUAAAAACUACAUGCUUCGAGAGUUCAGCACCAGGGAAAGUAGAAUUUCAGAGCUUCAGCAUGUCCCUCCAGCCCUGUACACAGACCCCAAUGAAAUCGCACAGUACUUGCCCCUGAAGCUGACAGAGUGUGAAAAGCUCGAGUUUCCUGAGAAAGAGACUGAGGCAGAGACUACUGAGUCUUCACAGCAGUGAUGUGGCCUAUGUGAAGCACACACACACACGCUUCCUUUACCCGUGACAACGGAGGUUUAUUAACACAGACGCAGAUAAUGUUAUCUUCUGAAUUUUUCACCAUAGACAGCAUUUUGAUUAAAAGAAAUACCUGCCUCCAACAACACUGGCACUGAAACAUCAUUUUGUUAUUGUCACCAAAACUCUUUAUUUUUGGACAUGUUUGUUUCAAUAUCAGUGUAACAUGUAAAUGUUGAAAAUAUGAUUGCUGGAACUUUUAUAAACAUAUACAAUGGAAUAAAGGUGUGUUCAAUAUUU